CAAUCUCUUAUCCUUAUUUAGCAUGUAAAGUCCACUGCAGAAAUUUUGAGUGAAGUUCAAUAUUUUAUAUAUUUUGGCAAAACAUAGAAAUUUGUAUCGAAAUAAGUUAUCUGAAUUUGUUUAAAACUAAUAGAGUGAGCUUUGCUUGAUAAAAAUAAUUGUGCACAAUUUUAAAUCUAUACAAAAUGCCGGGUCCCCCGAUAAGACGUGGAACUGCUUUCAGAGCGUACAAUAAGCACUUAAAAAACAUACAAGAGUCCACAGCCAAAACGGACAACAAGGCUCCGCAUCUUCCUGUUAGUGUGUACAUUAAGGAUGCCGCCUUCUAUUCAGACAUUUCCCGGCUGAGGAACCUCGAGUGUCAGAACAGGAAGCUGCUCGUUGCCAUCAAUGUUCUCUACAGGACCAAGGGAAGAACGGACUGCCAACUUGAGAAAUAUGAACGUAAGAGGACGAAGUACGUGGUCGAGCAAGCGGAUCUUCAAAAGAAAAGGAAUAGAAUCGAAGCGUUCUUGAAGGAUCUUCAGUAUGUCAUAUCAGGUUACAACAAAAAAGACAUGGACAAAGACUGGAAGAGGAUCUUAAGGGCAAUGAAAUUCUCUGCGAAGUAUCCUGAGUUCUACGACAAGUCGCGGUGGCAGCUGGAUACCUGGUCUCUCUGUCCUCCGGGAGUCUUCAGCGACUCUACUAAACAUCAGGUAUGCUUCUUUGAUCUGAAAAUCGGGGAUCUACCAAAAACGUACCGGCUUGAGUUCGAGUUGUACAGUGACAUAGUGCCUGCAACUGCCGCCAACUUCGCCAGUCUUUGCGAGGGCUUCUCAGGGCUCUCGUACCGAGGCUCUAUGCUGCACCGGAUUGUGCCGGGGUUGCUGUGCAUCGGAGGGGACAUCGUCAACUACUCUGGUUCCGGGGGCGUGUCCAUAUACGGCCCUGACUUCCCGGACGAGAAUUUCACCCUUUGCCACAACGGACCCGGUGUAGUCGCCAUGUACACGACAGGAUCCGACAGGAAUAACUCUCAGUUCUUGAUAACAUUCAAACGAUUGCCCUCGUUGAACGGAAAACAUGUUGUCAUCGGAAGGGUGCAAAACGGUUUAAAAGUGCUUCAGUUGAUUGAAAGCUGUGGCACGAAGAGCGGGAAGCCAUUGCAAGUUGUCAGAGUGGAAGCUUGUGGAGUCAACGUUUGACAUGGAUUCUUUAUAGAAGCAGAAUAUACGUUUGAGUUAAACAGUGCAAUUCAACUUGAGUGA